AACGUAUCCGCGACGCUUUUAACCGGAUUUCUUUUUAAGUUUUAAACAAUUCGUGACUUUUUAAAAAUAUUAAGUAACGCUUUUGGAACACAUUUUGUGAAAUUCACCUGUUAAACGUCGGUGGAUUACGGAAACCAACAUUUAUUGAAACUUCUCCUCGGUUAAUUGUUUUGUUCGCACAUCAAACAGAUAUCGUGAUAUAGUCGCUAGGUUUUGAAGAAUAUUCGGCGAAGAUGGCAAAUAAAGGACUUCAGAUGUUCGGGUUUAUCCUGGCGAUCCUUGGUGUGAUUGGGCUCAUUGCUGGCACAAUCUUGCCUCAAUGGAAGAUGUCUGCUUAUGUUGGGGAUAAUAUCAUCACAGCUAUCGCCAUGUAUUCAGGCUUAUGGAUGUCGUGCGCUUUUCAAAGCACGGGGCAAAUGCAGUGCAAGGUGUAUGACUCCAUUCUUCAACUCGACAGUGCUCUGCAGGCAACUCGUGCUUUAAUGGUGGUCGCAAUUAUUCUCAGUGUGAUGGGACUGGGUGUGGCCAGCAUGGGCAUGAAAUGCACAAACUGUGGUGGCGACGACAAGGCUAAAAAGGCGCGCAUUGCCAUGAUCGGCGGUAUAAUCCUGGUAGUUGGAGCUCUCUGUAGCAUGAUUGCCUGUGGCUGGUUUACAAAUCAGAUUGUCCGAGACUUCUACAACCCUUUCACACCCGUCAAUACCAAGUACGAGUUCGGAUCGGCCAUUUUCAUCGCCUGGGCAGGUGCCUUCCUGGACAUAGUGGGUGGAGGCAUGUUGGCGGCCUCCUGCCCAAGGGGUAAAUCAACUCCCAAUUACCCAGUUAAAUCCUCCAGAGCCCCAAGCAGCAGCAAGGAGUAUGUUUGAGUCCAAUCAGUCAUUCACAAGCUGAAGAAGACCUUAAAGAUUUGGAGAGUGCUGGUGGAAGUUUUCCUGGUCAGCUGAUCUGAGAACUGUUUGUUUCUUUUAAUUGUAAUUGAAAGUAGGCUUAGCACAGAACAAACGGGUCCGUUCACUGUUCUGGGGCAACUUUUAUUGAUGCUCUAAUACAGCAGCCCACCUUAGAUAAAGAGGUCACUACUGUUUUUUUAUUUUUUUAUUUUGGCAAGCACCAUUUUAGUUAGUUUUAUCUAUUAUACAUUUUCUGUUACUGUUGAGUUUGGAAGAAGGGUUCUUCUCCAAUGUGUUCCUUGUUUCAUAAACUGCCCCGUUUCGUGAUCAUGAACAAGGAAGACACGCUCAGGGAAAAAAAAAAACAUCACUUAUGCCCCUUAGUUACACAGCAUCUCUAAAGCCAUGCACCGAUCCCCUCAGUUCACUUUUUGGGGGUUUUAUUUGUGGCAGACACUUAAGUGCAAGAAAAAUGCAAGUUAUUUGAGAUUAAGCAUAGUUAUAUUCGAUUUUGCUUUGUAAUUUAUAUCUGGUCCCCAUCCCAUUAAUAUGUCAGUUCAAAUUUUGCUCCUUUAUAAACACAUUAAUAUCCUCCAAGGGAAACUCGGCUUAUGAUACCAUUGAUAACAUGACUGAGAACAUUUUUUUUUUUAAGCACAAUGCAAUCUUGUAAUAUAAUAACAUCAUGAAGAAAUAGCGAAUUAUAAUGGAAAGGCAACUACACUUCUAUUUAAAUAUGUUUUACAGACAUGCCAGUCUCUUUUACUGAGCAACUUGAUCAACACUUAUCUCUGAACUGUUUAAAAAUGGCUCUUAUGUUUAAAAGCUGAAACUUUUUGCCACAUUUGACCUUGAGCUCUUCGAUGUCAUUCCUGUUACAUGAGAAGGAAACAAGUUACAUUCAUACUGGUCAGGAGAAAUAAAGCUGUAAAUACUUGCUUUUUGUUACAAACCAGGAGUCAUGUAGACGACUUUUGUUUCUUUUCCCUCACACCUGUACAUUCAAUACUGUAGGCCAAUAUGAAAGGAAAAACCAAACCUGUAUGAUCCUGGUGCUUUCUUUUUUUUAAAGUGAAAUAUUUGCUUUGGUCUUUGUUUGGACCACUUGAGGUGGGUUGCUGUCACUGUACUUAGAAUAGUUAACUGUUAUAUUUGUGAUGUGCUCAUGCGAAUAUUUAACUUGUUUUUGUCAAAGUUUGCAAAUUAACAUUUUAUGUAAAUAAACAAUUUUUUUAAACGAGA